AUGUACGGUCAAGCUGCGAACGAGGCCGUCCAGCGAGGAACCCCCCAGGGCCAGGCAGCCCAGGGCGAGGCAUCGCUAAAGAAAGCUCCCCCCUUGGUCCCGGGAUGCGACCACUUGAGAACUAUGUACGGUCAAGCUGCGGAGGCCGUCCAGCGAGGAACCCCCCAGGGCCAGGCAGCCCAGGGCGAGGCAUCGCUAAAGAAAGCUCCCCCCUUGGUCCCGAAACCCGAUUACCUGAGGAGUUUUUACGGCCUCACCACGAGUAUUUCCACCGACGGUGAUGGACUGAUCGACGAGAACGCCAGAGCAUGGCUAGAAAUUGAUAUUGCCACGUGGAGAGAGCGCAUUCGCGACACCAACAAACAGAUUGAGAAACUGGACAUCCAGAUGCUAAAAGCGCGCGACGCCGCUGUUGCUGCCGUUAAACAGCUUGAGUGGGUGACUGAAGCGCUGGAGACUGCACAGGCGACCACGGCGGGUAUCAGUCUCGACGAAGUGCCACCCUUGACAAAAUCACAGGCGUUGGGCCUCAUGCAAGAGAUGAGUCACGAAGUGACAAGCAAUGAGCAUGACAUCCAAGUGGCGCAGAAUAUCAUCAACUUCCACAGAAGCAUCACGCUGUUGCUCUGGAGGUCGCACAGUUUGAGAAGUUCGUCACUGGCACAGUGGAGAGCGAAGCAGCAGGGCUCGAAGACAACUAAUGGUCUCUGA